AUGUCUUCUCCCACGCGCACCGUUCUCACCACUGGCUGCUCUGAUGGCGGCAUGGGUGCUGCCCUAGCUCUUGCCUUCCAUAAAGCUGGCUUCAAUGUCAUUGCCACUGCUCGUAACCCCAACAAAAUGUCCAAGUUGAGGUCUGCGGGUGUUGAGACCAUGGCUCUCGAUGUUUUGUCCGAUGCUUCCAUUGCUGAAGCUGCCUCCAGGGUUUCGACCUUAGACAUUCUCGUCAACAACGCCGGUACUUCGUACAGCAUGCCUAUCGCUGAUAUGGACAUUGAAGAUGCUAAGCGCGGUUUUGAGACCAAUGUCUGGGCUCAAAUCAAAGUCAUCCAGGCAUUCUUGCCUCUGCUCCUCAAAUCAAAAGGAAUGAUCGUCAACCACACCUCGGUAGUGUCCACCAUGGGCGUCCCUUUCCAAUCCGCUUACAGCGCUUCCAAGGCCGCUAUGGCUACCUUCUCCGAUUCCAUGCGACUCGAGCUCGAGCCCUUCGGUAUUACUGUCGUUGAGCUCAAGACCGGUGCCGUCGCGACCAACAUUAUCAAGAACCAGAAGGAAAACACCCCGAUCUCGUUACCACCCAACUCCAUCUAUGCUCCUGCUAGAGAAGCCGUUGAGAGUGCCAUGCGCAACGACAAGAUGAGCGACGUCGGUACUCCACCCGACCGCUGGGCUGCUGAGGUUGUCGGUGACUUGACCAAGAAGAAGCCUCCUGCUAUAAUCUGGCGCGGUUACAAUGCUAAGACUGCUCGUCUUGGAACGAUUUUGCCUCACGGAAUGAUGGAUUCGACUAUUAAGAAGUUGACUGGAUUGGAUGUUGUUGAGCAGAAAUAUCUAGGAUCAGGUCUUCACUUUAAUACCAUUUAA